AUGCGGGAUAAAACAAAAGGGGAUCAAAUACGCGCAGGUUUAGAAACAGAUGAUACAGUUAAAAUAAAAGGUGCAUCACUUAAUGUGAUAUUUGAUCCACCACACCUUAAUAAAGUCAGAGAAGUGUCUGGCAUGGUCCAUACACGAGGUAGCAUUCGUUCACGCAUUAGUGCACGCACACGCGGUGGUGUUCGCACACGUGGUGGCGUACGCACAUGUGGUGGCAUACGCACACGUGGUGGCACUGCAGGUGCGGCGCUUGAUGUGGACGCGGCACUUGUUACGAAUAUAGCGUGUGGUGUGAGCACAAUGCGAGGUGGACCAGCGGUACGAGGCGGGCGCGCAGCACGAGGUAUCGCAGACAACGAAGAACGAGAUACAGAAACUUUAGAUUUAAAUGCUGAAAACCACACAACAAAUGAAAAUGAAAAUUUACACAGAGAAAAGAUAAUUGCCAUAGAUGAAAUGUUUGCUAAAGCUUUAGAAAAUUUGAAUUUAGUGUACUGUGCAGAAUGGACUUCAGCUAAGCUCAACGAAGCUAAAAUUGAAAUAGCUGUACAAGUUAAUAAUCCGUUAGGACUUGAGAAACAAAAGAAAUAUAAUAAGCCAAAGUGGGAAAAAGAUUAG